AUGGUCGGUGAUCCAGUUGACAAAAGAGCUAUAAAAAUUACACGGCGAGACAACACUGUCAGUACCGUUUCGGAUCUACACCGUUCAUAUGACGCACUGCAAUAUCCAUUAAUAUUUUGGCAAGGACAGGAUGAAUAUCACCUUAAAAUCAACCAGUGUGAUCCAAAUAGAGGUGCUUAUGGAAAUAAAAAAGUUAGUUCAAUGAACUACUACGCACACCGAAUAAUGGUUAGACUAAAUCAGGACAACUAUAUCCUACGAUUUCGUCAGCUAUUUCAUCAAUACAUUGUUGAUAUGUUUGCUGAGGUUGGAAGCGAACGCCUGCGAUUCAUUCGAUACAACCAGGCUAAAUUACGAUCGGAAGAAUAUGUUCACUUACGAGAUGCUGUUGCUGGAAACAUCGACGGAAAUUUGAAUCCCAAUGACAUCGGUAAGUCUUUCAUUUUCCCUUCAAGCUACAUCGGCAGACCACGGAAUAUGCAGGAAUACAUACAAGAUGCCAUGACUUACGUACGUCAUUACGGCCGACCGGAUUUGUUUAUUACAUUCACGUGUAAUCCGAAUUGGCAAGAGAUACAAACUUUACUAUUACCAGGACAACAAGCAAUUCAUCGUCAUGAUAUAACUACACUUUUUGACCUAUUAAUUGAUCAGGAAUUAGUUGAUAUUGUUACCAAACACAUGAUCCAUGGGCCGUGCGGUGCUUUCAACAUGACGUCAUCAUGCAUGGAAAAUGGAAAAUGUAAGAAAAAAUUCCCAAAGCCGUAUACGAAUGACACCAUUACGAAUAUUGACGGUUAUCCAAUGUAUCGCCGCAGAAAUAGUGAGAAUGGUGGCCACACAUUCACAAUGCGACUACAGAAUUAUCCAAAUCAAGUAGAACUUGAUAAUCAGUGGGUGGUACCAUACUCACCAUUACUUUCAAAAAUUUAUGCAGCACAUAUCAAUGUUGAGCUUUGCAGUUCGGUAAAAUCAAUUAAGUACAUUUGUAAAUAUGUAAACAAAGUCAGUGAUAUGGCCAUAUUUGGAGUACAAAAUAUCAAUAACAAUGACGAAAUAGCACGAUACCAAAUGGGCAGAUACAUUAGCAGCAUAUUCAAAGCUAAGACAUUGGGGCGACUUUACACGGUACAUCCAAACCGACGUGAGUGCUUCUAUUUACGUUUGUUAUUGGUGAAUGUUCCCGGACCAACGUCUUUUAAAUUUCUGCGCACAGUUAAUGGUCGAGUAUUCAAUACAUUUCAAGAUGCAUGUCGUGAACUGCAAUUGCUAGAAGACAAUAACCAUUGGGACUUAACGCUUCCUGAUGCUGUGUUGACAUCAACACCCAAUAACAUUUGUCAGCUGUUUGCAAUUAUUUUGACGACAUGUUAUCCAUCACAAGUACAAACUUUGUGGGAAAAAUAUAAAAAUUGGAAACCGACUGUAAUGGUUGGGCGAGCACGGUGUUGCUCCGGCGGUCAUCGAGGCUAA